UGUUUGACGAUAACGUUUUGUAGGUUUGUCUUGCAAUUUAUCCAUUUGCGUUAAUAUAUUUACUAAUUAUUUUUAUUUAUUGGAAAAUGACAGCUAACGUUAACGACCAAUGCUUCCUCGCACGUCUGCGUGCAGGGGCCAAGCGAAUAAUCGAAGCUAUAUACCCGUGUUUAAAGAAACCAAAAACAGAUGAAAAUGCACCAGAUAACGACAUAGAGAUUUCCUCGAUGACAGCCACAUCAGAGGAAACCAACCUGAAUCGAUGUGCUACCACAGAUAUAGAGGAUGCAGUUUCCGAGCAUUCUGAAUUAUCUGAUGAAACAUAUAUAAGAUAUCGCUCUGACGAUUCCUCCGACGGACGUGGCCAAACAUCUUUCCAUGACAUGUUCCCUGCAACAGCUACUGUGCAUAGUUCAGGAAUGUUUGACCCAAAAUAUACUGAAGACUCUUCCUCAGUAGAGUCAGCUGCUGUUGACUCCCACCUUGCCGUAAGACCUUUUACCGGAACUCUUUUUUCCGAUGCCGAAGAAAUACCCCGUGGUCCGUUUUAUGAACCUCUUGUACUGACUGAUAUCUUCUUUGAAAACGACUCGGUGUACGUUCAUCUCGCCGAAUUCUUCGUGUUUGCUUUGAAUGGUAACAUAAUCUUGAAUGUUGCCAUUUAUUUGAGUAUAGAUGCACAAUAAGACUAAAAAUAUUCUGAAGGGACUCAACUAAUAUGCGAUCUGACGAGAGAAAGAAAAGUCCCACAAGACUAUACAGACCAAAAUACUUAUACAACAUACUAUAAACAUUCCGAGAAUAUACCGCCACUAAAAUAAUGCAACCCGCGCCGAGUUGCCCCGCGUUGAGCGCCAAAUAGGCGGGAGCCCCACAUUUCUUUGCUUAAAGAUUAAAGACACAUUUCGUAAACCAAAAGGAGUGAUGGGGCGAAAAGAUCCUGAGAAAACAACGUUCACAGAUUAAAAAUUUGAAACUUGUGUUAUUAUUAAUA